AUGGUAACAGUCUUCUGUGAUAUGGACACAGGAGGUGGUGGCUGGACAGUCUUUCAUAACCGGUUUGAUGGUUCAACUGUCUGUUAUCGAAACUUCUCCGAAUAUGAAAACGGUUUUGGUGCACCAAACGGUGAAUUUUGGCUAGGACUGAAAUACAUACAAGAGAUAGCUAGCCAAGGUACAACAGAAAUUCGGCUGGAAAUGACGAGGGAAAACGGGGAAGAGGGCUUUGAAACAUACAAGGACUUCAAGCUUGAAAAUCGCAGAGAUUAUAAAUUAUCCAUCGAUACAGCUUCAGCACGUAGAUCAGCAGGUAUAUCUGACAUAUUUUCUUUUGGAUACACUGCUGGUUGGCCAUUCUCAACCUAUGACAGAGAUAAGGAUAUAGAUGAAAGAAGAAACCAUGCCGUAGAUCAUCACGGCGCGUGGUGGUAUUCUUUGGGUUCGAACGUGAAUUUUAACGGGGAGUAUUGUCAACCGGAAACAAGAUGUAACGAUGGGGUCGACGGACUGACAGGUCACUAUCAUUUCGGAUUUGCGAAAGAAGAAUCAUUGAAGUCAUCUCGAAUGUUAAUUAGACGUGUAUGA